AUGGCCACGCAGGUACAGCCACGGGAGGCCAAGCUUGAGGACCUGGAAGGGAUCCUCAGGACGGACAUCAGCGCCUUCGAGGGCAAUCCGGAGCGAGAGAGCAACAUGACCAAAAAUGGCCCGGUAGCGACCAAAGAGAGACUCUUGGGCAAGUACACAAAGUUCAUCACCGAUGAGCGCUUCAAGAUGAGCGUUGUUGAAGUCAAUGGUGAAGUCGUAUCCAUUGGCGUCCUUGAUUUCAAACCCUUCGAAGAUGACAGAGGAUUGUCGGAUGACGUUUCAGACGUUACAAGCACAGGCUAUAACGCCUACAACGAUGUGUUUCACACAUACUUCGCCCCGCAUGGGGAUAAGCUUGUGAUGCUUCGCACCCUGGCUACCCAUCAGGACAACCAACGCCAAGGCUGUGGCAAAGCUAUUGUGGCCGCACUGAAGGACGCGGCCGAGAAGCGGGUGAUUGCCGUUUUCUCAAGCAUAACGGCAGAAAACUUCUACAAGAAUGAGGGCUUCAAGCAUGAGGGAACCCGUGGCACAGAGAAAAACCCGGCUCUUGGCUAUACAUUCGGCGGGAACUAA